AUGGAGGUAACAACCAGAGAGUCCCGGGCGAUUGCAAACAUAGAGCCCCGUGCUCCGGUCGCUUCAGUCGCUGUCGCGAACACCGCGUCCGAUGCAUCUAGAGAGUUCACUCUCUUCCCAAAACUCCCCCCAGAGCUCAGAGACAUGGUCUGGAAAUUCACGUUUCCAGAUCCCCGCAUCCUACCUCUACUAUGUCACCGACCUACCCACACAGACCAAGAACCCAUUCUGUUCAGCCAUGACCCCGUAAGCAAAGCCAACAUCAAUGUGGUCGCGACUCCUCUUCUCCAUACCUGUUCCCGUUCCCGCCAGAUCGCACUCGGCAGAUACGAGCGCGCUUUCGAUGGUCUGUUGAAUCAUCCCAUUUACUUCGAUUGGGAGCGCGACACAGUCUAUAUUAAGCUCAAGACCAGCUUUGCGGCUUUCACGGGCGGAUGGCGUCGACUGGCUAGCACACCGACACUUCCUCAAGAUGUUGAAGUUAUGCGAGCAAAGAUCCAACACAUGGCCAUUCACCGGAUACCUCUCUUCUACCUCGACCGAGAAGAUAUAGUCGAAUUUUUGUGUGGGUUUCCGAAGCUAUCCGCUGUGACGUGGGUGUGGCCUCCACUAGAAGGAUGGGGCUCACGGGAAGUUCUCUACAGGCAAAUUCAGGAAUUGCAGAUCCGGGAAAGCCUCAAAUAUUUAUGGAAAAAGAAAAUGCAUAUUGAGAAAGAGGGUACACUUCCACAGAUGGAGUUCGUUACCGAAGAACAAAUGAAGGCAAGAAUCGGUGACUAG